ACGGAGAGUUCCAGGCCUCGUUCCUGUCUCCAGCGUUCCUUCCUGUUCCUGGAGACCCUAUAGUUGAGUUCCAGGCGCCCCUUUGCGCUGUGAGGGCCAGGAUGCGUCGUGAGGAAGGCCUCGUGCACCCCCCAAACUUUAGACCUCCUCAUCCCCCAAGGACCAGCACUGGCAUGGAGCCGGAGCGUUUAGGCGCCGGACGCUGUGUCCAAGACCUGAAAUGAAAUCACUUUGAAUGCAUGACACUGACGUGGACCGAGAGGCCUCUGGCUAAACUGCUGCCUCCCUAAGAGGAUGGAUAGGUGUGUGGGUCCCGGGGGGGCGGGUGAGGAAAACAGAAUAGGAGCGGGGCUGGGAAGGUGCUUGAGUUUAACUGGCUAAACCGGGCUGUUUGGGUGCGUCUCGGGCCUUCCCCAUCGGGGCUGGCCCCGGCCCCACGGCCUCGCGUCGCUCUUCCAAGACAAAGUUCUCGGCUUCUCGGGCCUCGGGAGCAGGCUGCGGGAAAUACGUUGGAGGGAAUUCGCAGCUGUUGCGGGGAACGGGCUCAUCACAGAGCCUGCCCCUUCCAAAGCUCCAGAAAGCCUUAGGGCCGGGGUCUAAGGGGGAGCGCUCUUCCAUCGCAGCGCGACCACACGGGACAAGGGGGAGACUGGGCGGCCCGCCAAGCCUGCGGCUUGCCGGUUCUGGGGGGGACGCCUGUCCCCGGGGAGGCACCGGGCACCGGGCUUGGACAGCGCGGGGAACAGGCCGCCGCCGCCCGCCGCCCGCUGCCGGUUAGCGCCGCUUCCCGAGCCAGAACGCCCGAGGGUAGCCCUGGGUCAGCCGGGAGCGUGUCGGCUGGGGUCUCCAUGGCGAUGCUCCUCUGGCUCCCAGCACGCCCGCUUCGGUUGGCAUGGAAGCAGCUACCUCGAGGGCCGGUCGCGCCUUCGAUUGGUCCGAUUCAACAGACGCGGGUGGCUUGAAAGUAAUUAGUGCUCAGCCCUUCAGGCAGCUUCUGCAAGGAGCCGGAGCUGAGCGCCGCAGCUGGAAUCUAUUAACACACCUUGCUCCUUCCCUCCCCUCCCCCACCCCACUACCCUGGCCCCACCCGCAGCCGCUCCAGCCCCAAUACCGGAGCGCACUCGUUAAUUGGAAGGUCUAUAUAUACAGGCGGGACCAGCGAGCGCUGCGGGUUCCAAGCUGGUUUGGGCAUCGCUUGUCUGGUCAGUGGGAGGAGGGCCGAAGAGCAGUGCCACUCCGGUGUCCGAGGAGGGGACGUGACCGUCACGUUGUAAUGUAUUGUUUGCCUUGAGUUCGGGAGUGUGGAAGAGGGCUCCUGGGGUUGGGGAGGGAAAGCGUGCGGCAGUACUCUCAAGUUAUAGGGUUAGACAAACGUUCAAAUAAAAUUAACAUUUAGUAGCCUUGAGUUGUGAAACGAUUUCUGGGAGGAAGAUGUGCUUUGUGCAUAUCUCUCUCUAAACCGCUCUCUUCCAGCCCUCAUUGAGGACUGCAAGGGACAUAUUCUGGUGUGCUCUAUUCAAAAACACCUUCUGUGUUUAAUGCUGCCUCCCCUUACUUCAGUAGUUGCAUUACUGGAGGAAGGGAAGCCUCUCGUGGCUUGCUAAGGGCGCCUAUGCCUUCGUGUUGGGCAGUGGGGAGGGGAAUGGAGAGGGGUGGAUUAUCUAAUUUAACUAUCCCUCCCUGCUCACAGCGGCCUGGGGAAACUGAGGCAAUGCGUCGAAGCAUCUCCAGUGGCAGGAUUCCCCUGGCCCCCACAGCCCGAAGCCAGGAGAUCUGUCAGGUGGUUGCCAGAACCCAGCCCUUCCUGGACCCCCCACAAAGAACUGUGCUAGGGCUGCUAACCGAAAAUGGGCAGUACAGGAGGACGUGUGGCCAGGGAAUUGCAACCAUCAGGUGCUUCUCUGGAUCAGAAAAUGUUUUCCCUCCACCUGGAAAGAAACUAAUUUCUAACUGUGUGGUCCAUGUGCCAGCCAAACAAGGCUUUGAUAUCUAUGUAGAUGAACCAGACCAUGGGGAGACAUGUAGCUGUAGCUGCGCUGUUAGAGAAGAGAUUGCCUACGAAGAUUUGUAUGAAGUGGACACCAGCACCCUGAAAUCAGACCUCCACUUCCUGUUGGAUUUUAGCACAGUUUCUCCUAUGUUGGUGGAUACAUCUCUGCAAUCACAGUUUGAGGAUCAUUUAGAUAUUGGUACAGAUGUAAUAAAUGUGACUGAAUAUGCUGAAGAAAUUCAUCAAUACCUUAGAGAAGCUGAAAUGAAAUACAGACCAAAGGCCCACUACAUGCGGAAGCAACCUGAUAUCACAGAAGGAAUGCGUACCAUUUUAGUGGAUUGGCUGGUAGAGGUUGGGGAAGAAUACAAACUUCGAGCUGAAACUCUGUACCUGGCUGUCAAUUUCUUGGACAGGUUUCUUUCGUGCAUGUCUGUUCUCAGAGGGAAAUUGCAGCUUGUAGGAACAGCAGCCAUUCUGUUGGCUUCGAAAUAUGAGGAGAUUUAUCCACCAGAGGUUGAUGAAUUUGUCUACAUAACUGACGACACUUACACAAAACGGCAGCUCUUAAGAAUGGAGCACCUGCUCCUGAAAGUGCUGGCUUUUGACCUGACAGUGCCGACUAUCAACCAGUUUCUUCUUCAGUACUUACAGAAGCAAGGAGUCUGCCUAAGAACUGAGAACCUGGCCAAGUAUGUUGCAGAACUAAGCCUCCUUGAAGCUGACCCAUUCUUGAAAUAUGUUCCUUCACUUAUUGCUGCAGCUGCUUAUUGUCUGGCAAACUACACUGUGAACCGGCACUUCUGGCCAGAAACCCUGGCUGCCUUCACUGGGUAUUCAUUAAGUGAAAUAGUGCCUUGCCUGAGUGAGCUGCACAGAACGUGCCUUGAUAUCCCCCAUCGACCUCAACAAGCAAUUAGGGAAAAGUAUAAGGCAUCAAAGUACCUGCGUGUCUCCCUUAUGGAACCACCUGCAAUUCUUCCUCUGAAAUAAAAUUCCAGAAACAAAGCACUUAAUCUCAAGAUCAACAGUGUUGAUCUUUGUAUUUUUAUAGGGCACUGCAGGUCAGGUCAGCAAGUGUUGCUAAACAUAGCUGACACUUUUUAAAGAUGUAAAUGUAUUAAAGGUCAUUGAGACUUAAGUAGCUUGUAAUAUAGACUAAUUUUUUAAAUAAAACACUUGCCUCAU